GUUGCUUUUGUGUUUGUCUUGAAAUGAAUCUGUCAUCAUGUGGACGACUCUCAUGAAGUUAGAACUGACCACUGUAUGCCUGGUGGUCUUUCUAGGUUUGAUCUUUCUGGUUCUGUUUGAGGAUUUUAGGAUUAAUUCCUGCAGAGCUCAAACUCCACCUGGUCCCAGACCGCUGCCUUUUGUGGGAACCAUACCAUAUUUUUUAAAGAACCCAAUGGAGUUCCUAAGAUCAUUAUCUCAGUAUGGAGAGAUGGCCACUAUCUAUGUCGGAAGAAAGUCAGCAAUAUUCCUCAAUACAAUCGAACUUGCGAAGGAAGCCCUGGUCCAAAAUUCUUCAUCUUUUUCAGGAAGACCACCUGUACCACUUCUAAUCUGGAUGACUGAAGGAUAUGGUAUUGUAAUGGCCACAUUUGGUCACUCCUGGAGGCAGCAGAGACGGUUUGCUCUGCACACGCUCAGGAACUUUGGCCUGGGGAAAACAUCUGUGGAGGAACGUGUGACAGAGGAAAGCAGUUACCUGGUUCCUGAAAUGCUCAAAUUGGAAGGCAAGCCGUUCGAUCCCCAACAUGCCAUACAGAAUGCCGUAUCCAACAUUAUCUGUUCCGUUGUGUUUGGGGAUCGUUUCGACUAUGAUAACAAGUGCUUCGCAUACCUUCUGGAAAUUGUGAAGGAGAACAUUAUUCAGUCAGGGUCACUUACUGGACAGGUGUUUGACUUGCUUCCCAUCAUCAAACAUUUUCCAGGGCCACACCAGAAAAUUUACCAGAACGCAGAAGAGUUGAAAGCUUUCAUCAGGGAAGCAGUCAAAACACACAGAGAAACUCUGGAUCCAGACAGUCCACGGGACUUUAUUGAUGCCUACUUGCUAGAGAUCGAGAAACAAAAGUCCAACGAGGACUCCACAUUUCAUGAGGAUAACAUGGUAAUGUCAGUAUCUGACCUUUUCCUGGCUGGAACCGACACCACAGCGACCACCAUCAGAUGGGGCCUCAUCUUCUUGACUCAAAACCCAGAUGUACAAGAGCAAUGUCAUGAGGAGAUUGUUCGAGUACUGGGUUACGACCGUUUGCCCAGCAUUGAUGACCGUGACAAACUACCGUACACAUACGCCACUGUUCAUGAGAUUCAACGCUAUGGCAACAUUGUACCCUUUGGCGUUUUUCAUGAAACGACUCAGCCCACAAAACUAAGAGGAUUCGACAUUCCCAAGGGCACCACGGUAUUUACUAACUUAACAGCAAUUUUAAGUGAUAAGGAGCACUGGAAGUACCCAGACACUUUUAACCCAGAGAAUUUCUUAGAUGAUAAUGGACAUUUCUUCAGACCAGAGUCUUUCCUCCCUUUCUCCUUGGGUCCGAGGGUCUGUCUCGGUGAGACCCUAGCUAAGACGGAGCUCUUCCUCUUCACCACUUCUCUCUUACAGCGGAUUUGUUUCUCCUGGCCACCUGGUGCGAAGUGGCCAGACAUGAAUGGGAUUGUCAGUGUGGUCCGCUCUCCUGAGCCAUACGACAUCAUCUGCCACAGCCGAGGAUCCACAGAGUGACCAUCAGUAGUACACUUUCCAACAUUUACACCAAUUUCACUAGCUGUUUUAAAACAACUCAAUGUUAAUUGUUUUUGGGUUUUUUUGCCCAAAAUUAUAUUUUAGUUUAAUAGUUAUGGUUUUGAAAAAGUGACACAUGCUGUACUCAUUGUAAAAUAUAGACUCUGACAUCACAAGAAAUUACUUCAGUGCUGUAAUACCA